AUGGAACAGUUACCUAAAGAACCAAUAGAAAAAUCUUCAAGUGAUACAUCGAUACUGCCAAUGAAUACAGAUCCAAAACAAUCAUCUUGUACUUCUUCAAUACCUACAAUAAUGCUGUCUAUUGAUUUGCUUCUCUUGAUUUUUAUCCGCUAUCUUCAAUUAGUGAAAUUUAUCCCAUGGUCAUCACCAAUGUCAAUUUGUGAUGGGUCGAUUGAGAUAGCUAAACACAAUGAAAUAGAUAGUUCAUCCCAAAUAACUUUUAAAAGCAGAAAGUUCAAAAACACCCAUAAAAAUCUAUCCAUUGAACCUGGUUUAUGUAGUCUAACCAAUAUUGGUAAUACAUGUUUUAUGAAUAGUGCUAUCCAAUGUUUAAGUAACAUACCUAAACUGACUGAAUGGGCUAAAAAACAAAAUUUAUCAAAUCAUGAGAAAACCGUUACUCAAGCUUAUACUUCAUUGAUUAAAUCAAUGUGGUCAGGUAAAAACUCAUAUGUUGCUCCUCAUGAUAUCAAAAAACGUAUUAGUCAACAUGCUCGAAUCUUUUCUGAUUAUGCUCAAAAAGAUUCUCAUGAAUUCAUGAAUUCUCUUCUUAAUGUACUUCACUCUGAAUUCAUAGAAAAUGACUCGUCAAAAGAACAAUCAUCUAUUAUUUCAAAUCUUUUUUCUAUUACAACUCAAUCUAAAGUAACAUGUUUAGACUGUGAUAUUUGUGAUUCACUUGAAGAAAUAACUUAUUGUCUUCCAUUACCACUUGAAAAUGAAUCAACAGUAACUCUUCAAAUAUUAUUAGAUGAUUUUUUGAAAGAAGAACAACUCGAUGGACAAUAUUAUUGUUCGAAUUGUCAAGAUCUUCGAUCAGCUAAACAACAAACAAGUCUAUGUCAACCAUUACCACCAGUAAUUAUUGUUCAACUUAAACGAUUUACUUUUAAUGAGACAAAUGAUAAAUUAAAUACAUUAGUUAAUUAUCCAAUUAUCAAUUGGAAUGUUGACGGUAAUGGUGAUUCAUUGUAUGAUCUUGUCGCUGUUUCUAUGCAUGUUGGUAAUUUAAAAGGAGGACAUUAUACAACAUUUGCUCGUUUAAAUGGUUCAGAUGAAUGGUAUCAUUUUAAUGAUUCAAAUAUUGAACCUGUUCUUGAUAGUCGUCGUCUUGUAAAUCGAAAUGCUUAUGUUUUGGUGUAUUUAAAAAAAAAUUAA